GUGGGUGUGGUCCAAAAAUGAUCGUCCAGCAGCUCUCUCGAACAUGGGAAAGACGAAUGUUUCUACCGCAGUUUCUAUGUAAAUGGGCAGAACCUACCAAUGUGGCCACUCUACACAACAGUAGAAGCUCUCGAGGCAGUGGUAGUGAGGCUAAUGACGACAACUACAGCGGCCAUAUUGACACGGUUGGCCCACCCGACCCUGUGUCUAACAUUAGACCUUUGAGGCUUAGAGAACCGAGCAGUGCAGAUGAGAAGGAGCUGCAGAAGUUAAAGUUUCAGAUGUGGGCCCUGAAGCAUCACUUCUGGACACAGCACAACACACAGUUCAAGCAGGUGCCCUUCAAUCCCCACUGUGACAUUGGUACUGUUGUUGUUUAACGUAGGAAAAAACUCAAUUUGCUGAGGGAGUGUUACAAAGAAAGAGAGUGUCUGGGGAAUUGACAG